ACUUUUGGCUGAAACCGUGCAGCGAGAUUUAGACCAUGAUAGUCACGGAGCCCACAAUCCGCUCGACUAUCCCUCGUGUCCAGCGUCACUCUCCCUCUCGAUGGAGCCUCGCCCCACGUCCCCAGGCAGGACGAUGAGCAGCAAUAACUCGCCCACCAACACUCGGUCCGCGCCCAACCCGUGGAUUCGCGGUAUUCUGGCGCUUCUGCUGGUCACAGGUCUACUCGCCCUGGCGCUGGAGGCCUCGACACUCGAUUUCAAUCCGAAAUUGCGGCAUGUGGCGCCUUCUAACACGUCGCUGAGCGCGCAGCAGCUGCUGCAUCAUCGUCAGCAUUACGCAGAGCUUACCAAUGGCUCUAGAGCUGGAGAGACGCAGCAGGACGCCACCGUCUCGCUAGAAGAGCUGCUGGCGCUCCAGAACGCGUCCAGAACCAACGCCAGCGAGGAAGUGGCGCCCGCAGACCUCUACCACUUGAGUCUGCUGCAUGGUGCGUGUGUCACACACAAAGACGCGAUUGUUUCUUGGGAAUUUGGAGCUCCAGGACCUUUUCAGGACGACGAGGAGCACAAUCUGGCCACGCUGAUCAACGAAGACGACCCAGAUCUGCUACAGAAAUUGAAACAAUGCCCUGAUGUGGACUUGUUCUUGCCGUCAGGAGUGAGGAAUAACGGGUACUGCGAGGAUACAAUGGCGUAUACCAAGUACUUGAAUACGAGACUGCUGCCGCUGUGGGCGUUGACCAAGAAGAUGCACGAUCCAGAGUCUGGUCGUGACGUGGACUACUUUGAUCUAUGUCCAAUGACGCCCAUGCUGUUCUUCCAGCACUACUGGGAAGAUAUCCCGUCGUCUCCGCGAUGGCCCAGGGGUAAAAAGAUGUACCUGAUGCCGAAUAUCGAGAUGUGGGAGCUGGACGAGACGCAUUUCUGGCGAGUGGACGCAGUUCUGUGCAAGACACGCAUCUGUGGGGAGCGUGUGAAUAAAUGGUAUGAGCAACAGGGUAAUCCGCAUGAUACCAAGGUAAUUUAUACCAAACACACAUCGUCAGACCAAGCCAGUUACGCUCGACGUGUUCUUGGAGACGAAGUAAAACCCAAAAAUUUCAGCGACGUCAAGUUUAUUCACACAGUCGGUGGCAGCUACUGGAAAGGAACGCGACAGGUGAUCGAGUGCUGGCUGUCACGACCACACUUUCCUCCGCUGGAUUUGUAUAUUCACAAUUGGGCUUACGAAGGAAUGUUUAAGGGUGCGUACGAUAAGCGUAUCCCCAAGAGCCAGAUCAGACUCACAACGGAUGAGGUAGACGCCAACACAUUCAGUAAGGCCAUCGCUGAAAGCUCCUAUUUCCUGUGUCCCAGUCAGAUGGAAGGUUAUGGUCACUAUAUGAACCAGGCUCGUGCAUCUGGUGGCGUUAUUAUCACUACCGAUAUGGAUCCAAUGAAAGAAUUGAUCGAGAACGACGACAUGGGACUGAGAGUACCAUCCAGACCUCGUCACGAUCGCAAUAUCUUCUUGGGCGGACGGAGUAAAAAGGGUUUGGGACUGCGAGAUGUUCCCGGUAUGGUGGCUCAAUUCAGCGUAAAUGACUUGUGUAAAACGGUUGAGCGCUUACUCAACGACAUCAGUAUUGAGCAACGAAGAGAAAUGGGCGAGAAUGCUCGGUUACAGUACCAUAAAGACACCAAGUUCUUCGAGCGCGCGAUGAUUGAUUUACGUGUCCUCGCAAGGCAACAGGCCAGUGAAAGUCACGCUGAAGAUAGCGAGGAGAUCAUUUCCAGUGCACCUCGCAAGUAUAUUCGCGACGAACCGACUACAGGGUAGCCGAGACGCAAAUUAGAGAAAACGUAGUUAAGUAAAUACACCAGCAAGUGCUGAGGGUGCACACAGUUUUAGCCACCAAAGCGUCAAUAUUUCUAUGUACCUGGGU